AUGCUUUGGCAGUUACUCCUGGGGACAAGCUGCAGCAGCGGCGGUGGCAGAGGGACCCUGCGCCGGCCUCAGCAGCGUCACCCAGAAGCAGAGAAGCAGGUCCUUGAUGCUGCAGUUAUGAGUGUGACAGAAACUUUUUUUAAAGAAAUACUUCCAAUAAUUAAGAUGACCAACCAGUCUACAGUGACAGAAUUUCUUCUGAUGGGCUUCUCCAGUGACCGAGAAGAACAAUUUUUUUACUUUGUGAUAUUUCUCUCCAUUUAUUUAAUCGUCUUAGUGGGGAAUUUCCUCAUCACCAUUGCUGUUGCCCUGAACCACAAACUACACACUCCGAUGUACUUCUUUCUGGUCAAUCUAUCAUUAACAGACAUUUGCUACAUCUCAACCACAAUCCCCAAAUCCAUAGCUGCUUCUUUGUCAGAUGACAAAAGGAUUUCUUUUGCUGGCUGUGUUGCACAGGUUUUCUUAGUUUUGACCUUUGCAGGUUCUGAGCUUGCCUUGCUCACUAUCAUGGCUUAUGAUCGCUAUGUUGCAAUCUGCCACCCUUUACAGUAUGAGCUAAUCAUGAACUGGGAUGCCUGCAUCCAAAUGGCAGCUGCGUCCUGGAUAAGCAGCCCAAUCCAUUCAUCAUUACAUACCAUUAUCACUUUCAGGCUAGAUUUCUGUGGGUCCAAUAUUAUUGGGCAGCAUUUCUGUGAUGUCCCUCAGUUGCUUAAGAUUUCUUGUACUGACACAAAAGUUAACCAAAUUUUGAUUCUUGCCAUUGGAAUUACUGGAGGUUCAUUUUGUGGAGGGUUCAUCUUUGCUUCCUAUGGCUACAUCUUCUCUGCUGUGCUGAGAGUCCCUUCUGUUCAAGGCAGAUAUAAAGUUUUCUCUACCUGCAUCCCCCACCUGACUGUCUUUUCUUUAUUUAUGAGCACAGCUGUGUUUUCAUACAUGAGACCUAAAGCACUUUCUUCAACAAUGAUGGAUUUGCUCUCUGCUGUAUUGUAUAAUGUUUUGCCACCCUUACUGAAUCCUAUUAUUUAUAGCUUUAGGAACAAAGACAUCCAAGAGGCCGUAUUGAAAAUACCAAAAGGAAUUAGAAGUCUCCUAGCAUGA